CUGUACGUGAAUGUGGGAACCAUUGGGCAUGUCGAUCAUGGGAAGACUACACUGACUGCAGCUAUAACAAAGGUGCUAGCAGAAGAAGGGAAAGCUAAGGCUGUUGCCUUCGAUGAAAUUGACAAGGCCCCAGAAGAGAAAAAGAGAGGGAUUACAAUUGCAACGGCACAUGUGGAGUAUGAAACUGAUAAACGACACUAUGCACAUGUAGAUUGUCCAGGACAUGCAGAUUAUGUGAAGGUUGGUGUGCCAUCACUUGUGUGUUUUCUAAAUAAAGUUGAUGCUAUUGAUGAUCCAGAGUUGUUGGAGCUUGUGGAAAUGGAGCUCCGUGAGCUUCUUAGCUUCUACAAGUUUCCUGGGGAUGAGAUCCCUAUCACUCGGGGUUCAACUUUGUCUGCUUUACAAGUUCGCAGUCAGUGGAAGCAUCAUGAAGUCAAGGUUAAGGAAUCGAAGACCCUUCUCUUUGGCGAGAAGCCCGUCACUGUCUUUGGUGUCAGGAACCCGGAGGAGAUCCCUUGGGCCGAGACUGGAGCUGAGUUCAUUGUGGAGUCCACUGGAGUUUUCACUGACAAGGAAAAGGCUGCUGCUCACUUGAAGGGAGGUGCAAAGAAGGUCAUCAUCUCAGCCCUUAGCAAGGAUGCUCCCAUGGUUGUUGUUGGUGUCAAUGAAAAGGAAUGGAAGCCUGAUUUUGACAUCAUUUCCAAUGCUAGCUGCACCACCAACUGCCUUGCUCCCCUUGCAAAGGUUAUUAACCACCGUUCACUCCAUCGCUGGUGGGUUUGUCAGUUUAUGUGCAGGUUAAUAUAAAAAUAGAUAUGAUAUUAUGGUGAUAAUUGAUACAUGCAUGCUUUAAAAGUUUAGGUAUUCAUGGCAACAUGUUUACUGUGAACUGCAUAACUUUUCAAGGUCCAUGAUGCAUUAGAAUAAAGAAACAUUUGAUGGAAUUAUAAUUUGAUGUACUUAUAGGUUGGUUGAGAUAAACACCAUGAACAUGAAUGUGCUAUAUAUUUUCAAAUACCCUUUGAUGUGAAGUAACAAUAUGUGUGCUAUCUAAA